AUGGCCUUUCUGAUGAAAAGCAUGCUGAGCAACCAGGUGAAGAAUUUGGGGCUGGGGGGAGGAGGAGAUGAAAGCAAAGAAGAUUCGGCUCCUUCCGACCCGGCGGCGGCCGCGGGGAUGACCCGCGAGGAGUACGAGGAGUAUCAGAAGCAGAUGGUGGAGGAGAAGAUGGAAAGAGACGCGGCCUUCGCCCAGAAGAAAGCAGAGCGGGCCUGCCUGAGGGUUCACCUGCGAGAGAAGUACCGGCUGCCCAAG